AUGAAGGAUGACGACACCCCUCCCCCAAGGUACGACAUAGAUGAUCAGGUCAAACCCUAUGCGGUCUCUAGAUACGACGCGAUGGUGCUGGAAAACGACAAAGAGAUCGACUGGUGGUGGUCCCUCCUAGCGAAAAUCUUUUCGUGGCUGUUGCUGGCCGGCUACAUCGUAUUUCCCUCCACGUUCGCGUCACUGAGGCGAUCGCAAGUUCUUGAGAGCAUGGGUAGGGUUGGACAGACAGUCUCAUACUGGGUCAACGACUGUCUGAUUGCCCUUGCGUCUAUACUUUCGGGUGCGGCAUCCAUCGGUCUGGCAUGGUUAUGGUUCAAAUGGCGCACAAACUACGUCUGGGUGCAUCAGCAUAUCAUUGUUCCUACCUUAGUGAACUCGCUGAUUGGACUUUUGUCCACCAUUCUGAACAUCUACACGGUUCACGGAGGUCAGUGGUCGGGAACAUCCAUAGCUACGACGACGGUGACGGGCUGGUGGCUUGUGGUCUCGUGCGUUUUAUGCGUGGUGUAUCAAUAUCUGCUGGACGGCCUGCGUCGCAAGAUGGAAUGA